CACCCCUCAGAGUAGAGUAGAGAGCGGACUGUGUAUCGCACAAGAGCUAAGAAGAGGAGAGAGGUGAAAAAAGCAGUGAAAUGGUGUAAAAGCUGGUCGAGUCUAACCCGAGCCAGGGUACAAACGAGGAGGGACGACGCGUGCGGAUUACUGUUGUCAUUACUAUUAUUAUUAAAGUCCGAAAACUCCCGGUUUUUGAUGCUGUCCUCACGGAGGUCUGAGCCAAUAACGGACUUAUUGGUCGGCUGAACCAUGCAGAGGCUGCUGCUCCUGAGUUUGCUGUUAAGUUUCCAAACUGCGUGGACAGCGAGGUUCUCUCAGGAGCCGGCAGACCAGUCGGUGGUGCGGGGCCAGAGGGUGAUCCUGUCCUGCGUUGUCUUCAACUACUCGGGCAUUGUUCAGUGGACCAAAGAUGGCCUGGCUCUGGGCAUCGGAGAGGACCUCCGGGCCUGGCCCAGGUACCGUGUACUGCGUGUCCAGGAGUUGGGCCAGUACAACUUGGAGAUCCUGUCAGCUGACCUAUCCGAUGACUCCCUGUAUGAGUGUCAGGCCCCUGAUGCUGCCCUGAGGUCCAGGAGGGCCAAACUCACCGUCCUCAUUCCCCCAGAUGACCCAGUGAUAGAUGGGGGUCCAGAGGUGCUGCUGAAUGCAGGGGAGUCCUACAACCUGAGCUGUGUGUCCCGAGGGGCCAAACCGCCUUCUAUGAUCGAUUGGCUCAAGGAUGGCCUGCCCGUGGAGGGGGCUGUCAGUAUUACUGAGGUGCUUCCAGACAGGAAGAGGGUGACCACACGCAGCUACCUGCCCAUUCAUCCCGUUGACACAGAUACUGGGAGGAACUACAGCUGUGUGACCACCAACCUGGCCGUUCCCACCGGCAAAAGCACAACUGUCACCCUCAACGUACACCAUCCACCGACAGUGACCUUGUCCAUCGAGCCUCGAUCUGUCCUGGAGGGGGACAGAGUCACCUUCACCUGCCAAGCUCACGCUAACCCUCCUAUUAUGGGCUACAGGUGGGCUAAGGGCGGUGUGGUGCUGCAGGGAGCCAGGGAAAGUGUGUUCACUACUAAAGCUGAUCACUCUUUCUUCACUGAGCCCGUCUCCUGUCUGGUUUUCAAUGCUGUAGGAAAGACCAACGUCAGCAUCCUGGUGGAUGUUCACUUCGGUCCAAUCUUGUUGGUAGAGCCUCAGCCAAAAACAGUGGAUGUUGACUCUGAUGUCACACUGAACUGUAAAUGGGCUGGAAAUCCUCCACUCACCCUCACCUGGUUCAAAAAGGGUUCAAACAUGGUUCUGAGUAACAGCAACCAGCUGUAUCUGAAGUCGGUGAGCCAGGCAGAUGCAGGCCAGUAUGUAUGUAAGGCCAUCGUCCCACGGAUCGGAGUUGGAGAGACUGAGGUCACGCUCACAGUCAACGGUCCUCCCAUCAUCUCCAGUGAUCCAGUCCAGUAUGCAGUGAGAGGAGAGAGAGGAGAGGUGAAAUGCUACAUAGCCAGUACACCUCCCCCAGAUAAAAUCGUGUGGGCGUGGAAGGAGAACGUCUGGGAGAAGGAGAAGGGGACGCUGCUGGAGAGGUACACGGUAGAGCAGAGCAAACCGUCAGCGGAGGGCGGUGGCGUCCUCUCCACCCUCACCAUCAACAACGUGAUGGAGUCCGACUUCCUGUCCACCUACAACUGCACGGCCUGGAACUCAUUCGGCCCAGGCACCAUGAUCAUCACACUGGAAGAGACAGAGGAGGUCCCAGUGGGCAUUAUAGCUGGUGGGACUGUGGGCUCCACCAUCCUCUUGUUCAUCUUUCUGCUCAUCCUCGUUCUCAUCUUCUACAGGCAACGCAAAGGCAGUCGGCGCGGGGUCACGCUGGGUAAGCCCGACAUCAAGGUGGAGACGAUAAACAAGGAGACCCACAGCUUAGAGGAGGACUCCGGCAGCGUGUCCACAGCAUCGCGCAUGGUCAAGGCCAUGUACUCGUUUCUCCCCUCUGUGUCCUUCUCUCCUUCCAAUCAGCCUUUUAAAGAUGAUAUUGAGCUCAAGUCUGACCUCCGGAGUGACACCCUGGACACCCGCCAGGAAUAUGACCUAAAGGACCCCACCAAUGGCUACUACAAUGUACGAGCGUCCACCCACGAUGAAGGCCGGCCUGCCUCCCGCUCCACCAUGCACUACUCCGACUACCGUUCCCCGGCAGGAACACCAGGAGGCGCUGCAUCCAUCAGCAGUAGUGCAGGCGGCUCAGGAGCCACAGCCAGUGGAGGCGCCCCCGGUCCUCCAGGCCCUCUCACCUCCCCAGGCCGUCCCCAGGCCUGUUAUGACCCCAGACCCCCCUCUAGAUUGUCCCACAUCAGCUACGCCCAGUUCAACACAUUCACCCGUGGGGGCCAGAGCCAGCAGCCCCCCACUAACCCUGCCCCUCCAGCCAGCGACUUCCCAGGAGACUGCAGCCUCCUAGACUCCACUUCCCAGCUGGCCUAUGACAACUACGGAUAUCCCUCGCAUUACCAGACCUACCGCAUGGGUUUCGCCCCAUCCAGCCUGGCCCCGCUGGAGGCCGGCCCAUCCUAUGAGAUGUAUGGGGUGGGAUCUGGGGUGGGAGGCCCUGGAGUCGGGGUGGGUCCUGGGGGUCCCGCUCCCUCGGGAUCAGAGACUGGACUAGGGAAAUACGGCAGCUCCACUCGCUUCUCCUACACCUCACAACACUCUGACUACUCCCACAGCAGACACACACAGAGGAUGCAGACUCAUGUGUGAGACAGAAAGACGCAUUAAUACCUCACCGUCUUAGCCGAGCAUGAGGAAGCAUCUUAUAAAUAGCGUUACACCUAAAAAAACACAGAAUCACACAUUAUCACACACAAAAAAGAACACACCUUAUCAAACACAAAUACCACUACAGAUUUACACAAAAACACCACACACACCCAUGCACAGAGUCAGAAGACCAUGCCCAUGAGACAGGGAGGGUAUGAGAAACGCAGAGGCACUGAGAGAGAAAAAGAGACGAGUGGAAAAGAAGGAGUCUUAGUGAGACAGGGAAGGGAAAUUCCACACAAUUUUGAAUUCCCUCACUCCCAAUGUGUUUGUAUAUGUGAGCUCUGAAAGAGCGGACAGCGCAAGUCACAAUCAAGACUGGGAAAGAGAGCAAGAACCUGAGAGAAGAUCACAGAUCUUUGGAGCCCAUAGCCUUUGCUAUGAUUUGACAUUGUAAAUGAUGAGAGCGAACGUCUUAAGGCAAAACUGUCAAAAAAAAAACAAAACUGACUGUCAGUAUGGUACAUGAAGAUCGGGAGAAACCUCAACCAGUGGAAGUCAUUUCUGGCCGCCAUAUUAUUUUUUAAUUUGUAUUAUUAUUUUUAUUUUCAUUUUUUGCUGGUUGUCUAUCUCAAUGAUCGUAGAGCACAUAUAUAUAUUUAGUAUCCCAAAAUGCCUCCAUGUACAGUGGCACAUACCAUCAAGCCAGUCAACUGUCGUGGGGGGAGUGUGUUGGGGUUGGGGUUGGGGUGGGGUUGGGAAGGGUUUCAUCAUUUUGCACUGCAUCUACAGUAUUCAUGCUUAGACAUCCCGUAUAUCUGUGUAAUGUCCUCUUUUUAUUUGCACACCUGACUAGAGCUUUGUAUUCUAUUUUUUAACAUUACAGAAUUAUUUUUGUCAAUGUAAAACAUGUAAUGUGUGUGUAUGGACCAAAAGUUUGAACGUGAGCGCACAUAACUCAGGCCUUUACCUGAGUGAUAUCCACUGAGUCAGAGGGAACUGUGCCAACAGAGGAGCCUGAAUUCCUUUUCUAAAAGGUUGGGAGGAUUCAGGACAUAUUUCAAAUCAGAAGGUAUAUCAGUGUAUAAAAGAAACCUAGUGCCAAGUGUUCAUGUUGUUCUUCACCUUAGACCAUGUACGUAUAUGCAGUAGAAGCUCCUUCUAUUGGCGACUGUUGCUUAACAAACCAGGCUCGGGGCUUUUGAGUCAUUCCCAGACAUUUUUGUAGGCUGGAGACUUUUUCUCUGAGCUCUUAACUACAAGCCUGGUGCAGACAGAGAGAAAAAACACAGGAUGUUGGGUUUAGAACUGAGUGGCCUUAUAGGGGAACAUGUCGUACAUUUCCAUUUUGAAUCAUUCCUCAUCGUCUGUCUGCCAAAUGGCCAGAGGAGAAUGUGUAUGGAGAGGUUCAAUGAAGGCUUGUCCACAAUAUUGACAUGUAGUAGUGUAUGACUUUGCGUGUGUGGGUGUGCAAGUGUGUGUGUGUGAGAGAGAGAGAGGUCAAGAGGGAGUGUGUGGGCGUUGGCACACACAUCGAUUUGUACAGUGUGUUUGUAUAGAUGUGUGUAUGAGAAACAUACUGUAAACACGCACUUGAGAGUGUGUGCGUUGAUGGCAUGCAUGUCUGUGUGUAUACAGUAUGUGUGCGUGUGCAUGUCUGUGUCUAAGUGUGCGGAUGUGAGUUUCAGUAUACUGUAUGUCCAUAUCAUUUCUCUCACAAUCCUGUUACAGUACUUUUAUACCUCUGGUAGGACUGUAUCCUGUAUUAUUGUGUCUUUGAAUUUAGAAAAAUCCAAUGUUUAUCUUAUUGUACUGUUCUUCGUAGCAGAGAAAACUGUUCAAAAGAUGUACAACGAACGUUAUCAAACUCUCAUUUUUUAAUUUCAUUAUCUUCAAUAUUUUUUAAAAAUGGUAUGUAAUUAUUUUUCCACAGUAUUACAUAAAUAAAAGCACUGUUUUUUAUAAA